CGACGAACUUAUCUGUGUUUAUAUCCGUAGAAACUUAGUCAAUAUCUCAACUAACUUUCCAAACGCUGUUAGUUGUUAGUUCCUCAUUAAUAUGCAGUCUUGAAGUGAAACGAAAUAAUAUGCCAGCCAAAGUGUUCAGUAUUGUUUAUGGAUUUGGAAAAAUACAACUUGAUAAGAACAUAAAUAGAAAUAUUAAUAUUCUUCGGGUAAAUAAGGGAAAUAAUUAACUCACUAAGUAGCUACUAGUAGAUGGAAAUCUGGAAGAUAAUAAUAUGACUUUAGCGAUGAAUGUAUUUGUUAAUUGUAUUGUACUAUUCACGGGUAAACUGGAUAUUUUUUCGGGGCAACGAACAAAUGAAAGAACAAAAGUAUUUACAAACGGAUAUAGACCUAACUAUGGAACAAUAAUGCACUAUAACCAGGGUACGAACGAUGCUCAAAGCCAGGAAGCUGCUUCUGGAAGAGGACCUCCAAGUCCUGGGGAACUUCCUGGAAGAGGUCCAGCUGACAUGCCUCCUGGCCAGAACAAACAAUCGGAGGCAACAAACAAGGGAACUGCAGGAGGUACUCCGAGCACCUAGUCAGUUUGAAUGAAAGGAAAACAAUGGUUUUGUGAAUAAUCUACAUUUUAUUAUAUACACAAUAAAGCAUUUUAUACAGUU